AUGACCGUAAGGAAAAAUGGCGGCUUAAUCAAAGAUAGAAGAUUGGGUUUAUCUAGUGAUCAGUUGUAUAAUGCCGAUGAGUCUGGUCUAUAUUGGAAACUUCUGCCACAAAAGACAUAUGUAACGUCAUUGGAGAAAAGCGCUCCAGGUGCGAAAAUGGAAAAGCAAAAAAUAACAUUUUUAUGCUGUGCAAAUGCAUCAGGAUCUCAUAAAAUAAAACUUUUAGUAAUAGGAAAAUCGAAAAAUCCUCGCAGUUUUAAAAGUUUUAUCUGUCCCGUAAACUACAGAAAUUCUGCGUGGAUGACUUCUUCCAUUUUUAAAGAAUGGUUUCACAACUGUUUUGUGCCAGAGGUAAGUAAACAUGUAAAAAAUAGUUCAAUUGGGAUUCUUACUGUUUUAUUUUUCAUUCACCGUGACAGAUUUUUAAAGAAGAAACGAUUACCAGUAAAAGCUUUACUCCUAAUAGAUAAAGCCCCAUGCUAUCCACCAGAAUCCUACCUUAAAUCCGAGGAUGGUUCCAUAGAAGCUAUGUUCAUGCCUCCAAAUGUAACGGCUCUGAUCCAGCCAAUGGAUCAAAAUCCAAUUAGAAUCACCAAACUUCAUUAUACACUGAAAAAAAUUCAU